CUUGGAUGCAGCUACUCAGCCAUGAAAUCCCAUUCCAUGAAGCUCUCUAUGCACUGUUGUUGUGCUAAUCUGAAGGCUACACCAAGUUUGGAGGUCUUUAGCUACUGACUCAGAUAGUUGGUGACUUCUGUGCUCUGUGCGCUUCAUCAUUCAAUGACCCGGCUCUGUCAUUUUACGUGGCCUACCACUUUGUGGCUGAGUUGCUGUUUUUCCCAGUUGCUUCCACUUUGUUAUAAUACCACUAACAGUGGUAUAUUUAGUGGCAAGGAAAUUUCACUGAUGGACUUAUUGCCCAUUCUUUUCACAAAUGUUUGUAGAAGCAGUCUGCAU